AUGUCCAGACUACCAUCGUUCAGAAAAAGCCGCCAUGGAAUUUUGGGUGUCAGCUACCAGUUUCUGCGCGUUGCUCAAUUUAUAACACUUAUUAUCAUCAUCGGGCUGACUGCCAACUUUGUUGCAAAGAUGAUCGAAGUCAAAGCCAACCCCCCUUCCCUAGUAGUGGCCAUCUUAUCCUUGGUGUGCCUAACUGCCCUCUACUUGAUCAUUUUGAGCAUUCUCUUCUGGGAUCAAAAGGUGACAUAUGUAUGGCCCUUGGCUAUUGACUCGGUGAUCCUAGCUGGUCUACUUAUUAUUGCUGUUAUUGCCGGCAAGCCUCUUUCUUAUUUGAAAUGCAACGACAUUGGCGGAUCGGGCUCUGCGUCUGCCUUUGCGUCUACCCUGGCUAGUGUCCUGAACAGUGUGACCAAGACAGUCAUGUUUACCGAUUUUAUCGCUACCUCGAAAGAGAUUUGUAAUGAGAUGAAAGCUAUAUGGGGGUUGGUGAUUGCUAGCUGCAUCUUCUUCGCGUUCACCGUCCUGACCGGACUCAUCUUGGUAUUUUUUAGCAGAAGAGCUAAUAAGGAUGAUGCGAAAGUGUGA